GAGAAUUCGCGGCGCUCAUUGGUCCAAUUGAGUUGAGUUUCAGCACCAUCUCCACGACUUGCGGCGAGCAGCACAGUAUGGACGUGGCAGCCACCGACUUUGACUGCAAUAUCUGCCUCGACCGCGUGAAGGAGCCCGUGGUGACACUCUGCGGCCACCUCUACUGCUGGCCCUGCCUCUUCCAGUGGAUCGCCAACCACAACGAAUGCCCCGUGUGCAAGGCCGGCGUCACAAAGGAGAAUGUGAUCCCAGUGUAUGGCCGCGGCGCCAACUCGAUCGACCCUCGCACAAUCGAUGGCGCCGACGAUAGUAUCCCCAACCGCCCGCGUGGCCAGCGCCCCGCGCCGUCUCUGCGCCGACGCUUCAUGUUCCAGCCGGACCCGCUGCCGCCGCAUGCGCAAGAAGCCGCGUUCUCACCCUUGAUCGGGUUCUUUCCGUCUCUCUUCGGCCUUCAAUUCCAAAGCGCCGCGACCGCCACGAUGCCCAACACCAACACAGGUCCAUUGACCCCCGCCGAACUCCAACAGCAAGUCCAGUUUGCGUUCCUCUCCAAGAUGCUUCUCUUUGUCGGCUCGGCCGUCAUGGUCGGAUUGAUCCUCUUUUAACGUCAACGCUCUUCACAGGGCGGCUUGGAUUUUACCAUUCGAACCUACGUCGUCG